AGAGGGUUGGGAGUUCACCCUUCUUCGACUGUAUUCAGUUCAUCACCACUAGAUGACGCUAUAACAAAAGAGCUGUAUGGUGUGCAGAGGUGGAGGAACGUUUAAUAAACUAUUUACUCUCCCCUGACCGAUACAACAAGCUGAUUCGCCCGGCAGUCAACAAGAGCCAGCAGGUCACCAUUGCAAUCCAAGUGUCCCUCGCCCAGCUCAUCAGUGUGAACGAGAGAGAGCAGAUCAUGACCACCAACUGUUGGCUCUCUCAGGUAUGGAACGAUUACCGGUUGAUGUGGGAUCCAGAGGAGUAUGAAGGGAUAAGAAAAGUACGCCUUCCUUCCCAGCAUAUAUGGCUGCCUGACAUUGUUCUGUACAACAAUGCUGAUGGGACAUAUGAAGUGUCUUUCUACUCCAAUGCAGUCGUGUCAAAUAACGGUGAGGUUGCCUGGCUACCACCAGCCAUUUAUAAGAGUGCCUGUAAGAUUGAGGUCCGGGACUUCCCCUUUGACCAGCAAAACUGCACACUCAAGUUCCGCUCAUGGACUUAUGACCACACAGAAAUCGACCUCAUCUUGCUGUCGGACUUUGCCAGCCGAGAUGACUUCAAGCCAAGCGGUGAGUGGGAUAUUGUCUCAUUGCCUGGUCGCAAAAACGAAGACCCUAAUGACGCCACAUAUUUGGAUAUAACCUAUGAUUUUAUCAUCAGACGCAAACCGCUGUUCUAUACCAUUAACUUGAUCAUCCCAUGUGUUCUCAUCACUUCACUGGCCAUCUUAGUUUUUUACCUUCCGUCAGACUGUGGGGAGAAGAUGACUUUGUGUAUUUCUGUUCUUCUGGCCUUAACUGUGUUCCUCUUGCUUAUUUCCAAAAUCGUACCACCGACCUCACUCGCUGUGCCGCUCAUUGGAAAGUACUUGAUGUUCACCAUGGUCUUGGUGACAUUUUCAAUUGUUACAAGUGUGUGUGUGCUAAACGUGCACCAUCGUUCCCCAAGCACACACACUAUGCCCAAAUGGGUUAAAUACUACUUUGUGUUCCGUUUGCCUGCUUUCCUCUUCAUGCAACGACCAGGAGAGUCCAACAAAUUUGGCAGGAAGCACCAGCAGUGCUCUUCAUCUGAUCUCCCAGCAAAAAAUGAGGCGGAUGAGACUGAUUCCACCUUCUUUGUCAGUGAAGAUGCCAAGCACAUUGGAUGGAGACCUGGCGAGUUGCAGGAAAACAUAGAAAUUCGUAAGCGAAUGGCGGUAAAGUGCUCUGCAGAAAUACAGGAGGCUGUGAAGGGGGUCAGAUAUAUUGCUGACAAGUUGAAAAAUGAGGAUGAUGAUGAAGGGAUCAUCGAGGACUGGAAAUAUGUGGCUAUGGUGAUCGACCGUCUGUUUCUGUGGAUCUUUGUUUUAGUGUGUGUUGUAGGAACCGUUGGCCUCUUUAUGCAGCCACUUUUCAAGAGCUAUAACACUCCUGCCACUGAUGAUUUGUAGAUUACAUAAAGUCAGACCAACUUCCCAUCCCACAUGGCUGUUUAUUUUCAGUGCAAUACCUACUCUCAUCACGAACUUGACAUGACAACCUUCUUAUUCCAAUAAAUAUUUUAGCAAAAAUCCAACAAUGGACUUUAAACCUGAAACAUUUCAUAAAUGUUAAGCUCUGUGCAUCAUUCAAUGCACAAUGGGACAAAAUUCUUAGAUGCUGUUGAGUCAGAGAACAAUACUGGACACACACUGAAUAUUUAACUGCCCCUAACACUGACCUGAACUCAAAAACCCUUCAGAGCUGUCAUUCAGCCGAAACAUUUAGCCCUGGAGGCUUCAACAUUCUCUAACCUCUCGUAGAAAAUGAAGCUCCAAAUCCCAAAAUGGCUCCAAAC